AUGGCCGAUGAGAAGGCGAAGGGUGACAAGGCCGACUUUAGGGCGAACCUUAAGGUUGUCAAAAAGGAGAACGCCAUCGAAGAUAUUAUGGCAAAGACAAAGAAGAAUACUGACAAGCCAGAUUGGUCGAAGAAGUCUGGUGAGAAGAAGGAGGAGGUUAAGGAAGAGAAGGAAGAGAAGGAAAAGAAGGAAGAGGCCGCCCCUGCACCAGCAGAGGAGCCUGAAGCCGAAGAGGAAGGAGAAGGUGAAGGAGGUGAGGAAGAAGAGGAAGAGGAGGAAGAGGAAGAGGAAGAGUAA